CGAGCUCAUCUGCCUCCUAAAAAUUUUCCAGGCUUGCCUCCAGCACAUAACCUUUCCAGAGCACCAUGGCUCAACCGAGAGACCAUCUCUCCGAUCUCGACCGGCAUGUGCAGCUGCUCGAAAGUAAGGUAAACAAGUUACGGGAAUCUCUUUCCCACUGGCAGCAAUGGUACUUGGAGUACUCGUCUCUCAAGGAAGAGGUUGAGCAGCUGCCCGACAAUCCGCCUCCGCACGAACAACUGCGCCGCAUUCGUCGCGAUUUCGAGAGCCGGCUGCUUACCAAAAAGGAGAUCAACGAGAUCAUCGGCGAGAAUGAUCUUAAGAAGCCCGAGCAGAUUGUCGGCCUUCUUUCGCGACGCUUGGACUAUGUCGAGCAGAACAUUGGUACCUUGACCAAGCUGCUCGAAGCAGAGGAGAAUAGGCUCGCUGCAGCAAGCGUCGUCGCGCAACCGGACGCUGGCACCGACGAGGAGAGCGGCUUGCCCAUCACUGACAUCAUCGAGCAAUUGGACGAGGAUGGCAAUGUCAUUGAUUACCGGCUGCAGCGUGGCGCUGACGCCGAGCCAAAGAUCGUCGAGGCUCUGAAGAAGGCCGGAAUCCGCGAGGAAGAUCUCCCCGAGGGUAAGGAGGAGACGGUGACGGAGGCCGACGCGGCAGAGGAUGAAGCCGGAAAGGCGCAAUCCGUGGGCGAUGUUACGGCGACUCCGAACGGCACGCCGGCAAGUGCACGCCGCGACGAGCCCAGCAGCGUCAAAAAGUCCGUCUCGUUCGCGGAGGACACGAAGCCAGGCCAUGAGGACGUUGAACCCCCGAAGUCGCUGGCAGCUCAGCGACUCGAACGGCUCAUGCAGACAGCGAGAGAGCAGGAGGCCAUGGACAUGUCGUCGGCAAUUAUUCCCGAGAAUGAGUCUGCUGAGGACCGCCAACUACGCCGCGAAAUGCUCGAGUACAGCAUGUCAGAAAUUGGCCCGGUGGUGGCCGAGCUGCAGCUGGAAGAGGAUUAUUCCGGCGACGAAUACGACGAUGACAUGGACUGGGUUGGCUCUGAUGUCGAGGACGACGAAGAGACGGAUGACGAUGCCGAGGACGAGCUCGGCCGCUCCAAACGCAGCGUCAUCACGCCAGACUACAUCAAGCGCAUGCAGGAGCUUGAGAAGCGGCUUAACGUGCAGUCCGCCUUCACCGUUGGUCGAGCGGAAACGAAGCCGAGGAAGCCAGACGAGGGCAUUGGACGGAUAGCGGUCGUCGGUGCUUCGAGCCCUGCCAGCGAUUCCCCAACUGCUCCUGGAAGGCAAAAGAACGUCAGCUCCGCUUCGGAGUCGGAUGCCGUUCCUGAGCCUACGCCUCGGCCGCCCGCAGACGGCAGGCCGAAGGCUCGCAAAAUUGCUGAUGUCGGUGAUGUGGUGGAAAAGACAACCGAACCAGAGACGCUCACGAAGGAGCCAGAGGGCCCGCCGAAGCGAGUGUCGAGGUUCAAGAAAGAGCGAGCUGUUCCUUCGUCGCUCUCACCCUCGCCUGCAUCUUCACUUCCUCCCGGACCACACCAGGUUCCCGCAAGUUUCCUAGCAGCUCAAACGGCUCGUGCAGCUCCACCGGCUGAGCCAACUCCGCCAGAACACGAGAUCGUGGCCAACACAAUCGUCGAGCGUCCUCCUGGGCCGGACCCCGGGGAGCCGGAUGAGUUGGACGACGCAGUCUUGUACAAGGCUGCGGCGGCUGAGUACAACCGCUUGCGGAACCGGUUAAUCCAGAAGCAGGGCGGCUUCGCUCAGCAGGACGGGGCCAUAGACAGUGAGUCGGGCCUCGUCCCUCUCGACGAAGAGCUGGGCGGGCCGAAGCGGAUGAGCAAGUUCAAGGCUGCACGGCUGGCCAAGCUGCAAUAGUCCCGAAGGCCCGGCGGGCUUGUUGUCACGCUCACUAAUUGAUGUGAAUCGAACGAUCCCAGCGCCUUCACUCUCCUUUUUUUUCUCCCCCUCCCCCUCCCACC